AACCAAUGAAAGAAGCAUAUGGCACUUGUGAAGAUAAAUGUUAUUGCUCCUUCUUUAAUUGGAACUCCUGCUUAGGACCCGUAUGUGACUUUUCACCUGUGAUCUGUUCUUCCACUCACUACUGACUUUGAUUACAGGAAGGUCUCUGAAGAUUCGUAUCAAAUGACGUCAAUGGCCAGCUUGUUUUCUUUUACUAGUCCAGCAGUGAAACGGUUGUUGGGCUGGAAACAAGGUGAUGAGGAGGAAAAAUGGGCAGAAAAGGCAGUCGAUGCUUUGGUAAAAAAGCUAAAAAAGAAAAAGGGUGCCAUGGAGGAAUUGGAGAAAGCCUUGAGCAGUCCAGGACAGCCGAGCAAAUGUGUCACUAUUCCCAGAUCUUUAGAUGGACGUCUCCAGGUUUCUCACAGAAAAGGCUUACCACAUGUUAUAUAUUGUCGUGUUUGGCGCUGGCCUGAUUUACAGAGUCAUCAUGAGCUAAAGCCAUUGGAUAUUUGUGAAUUUCCUUUUGGAUCUAAACAAAAAGAAGUUUGUAUCAACCCAUACCACUAUAAGAGAGUGGAGAGUCCAGUCUUACCUCCAGUAUUAGUGCCUCGUCAUAAUGAAUUCAACCCACAACACAGCCUUCUGGUUCAGUUUAGGAACCUGAGCCACAAUGAACCGCACAUGCCACAAAAUGCCACAUUUCCAGAUUCUUUCCACCAACCCAACAACACUCCUUUUCCUUUAUCUCCAAACAGCCCCUACCCCCCAUCCCCUGCUAGCAGUACGUAUCCCAACUCCCCAGCAAGUUCUGGACCAGGAAGUCCUUUUCAACUCCCAGCUGAUACGCCUCCUCCUGCAUAUAUGCCACCUGAUGAUCAGAUGGGUCAAGAUAAUUCCCAGCCUAUGGAUACGAGCAAUAAUAUGAUUCCUCAGAUUAUGCCCAGUAUAUCCAGCAGAGACGUUCAGCCUGUUGCUUAUGAAGAGCCCAAACAUUGGUGUUCAAUUGUCUACUAUGAAUUAAACAACCGUGUUGGGGAAGCUUUUCAUGCAUCAUCUACCAGUGUGUUAGUGGAUGGAUUCACAGACCCUUCAAAUAACAAAAGUAGAUUCUGCUUGGGAUUGUUGUCAAAUGUUAAUCGUAAUUCAACAAUCGAAAACACUAGACGACACAUUGGAAAAGGUGUUCAUCUGUACUAUGUUGGCGGGGAGGUGUAUGCGGAGUGUCUCAGUGACAGCAGCAUAUUUGUACAGAGUAGGAACUGCAAUUUUCAUCACGGCUUUCAUCCCACCACCGUCUGUAAGAUUCCCAGCAGCUGCAGCCUCAAAAUUUUUAACAAUCAGGAGUUUGCUCAGCUUCUAGCUCAGUCUGUCAACCAUGGGUUUGAGGCAGUAUAUGAGCUCACCAAAAUGUGUACCAUCAGAAUGAGUUUUGUCAAGGGCUGGGGAGCAGAGUAUCACCGGCAGGAUGUUACCAGCACCCCAUGUUGGAUUGAGAUUCAUCUUCAUGGGCCUCUUCAGUGGCUGGACAAAGUCCUUACUCAGAUGGGCUCUCCUCUGAACCCCAUAUCUUCUGUUUCAUAAUGCAGAAGUGUUCCUUUCAAUUAUAUUAGUGGACUUGUUUUAAUUUUAGAGAGACUUCCAGUACAGAUACUGUGAGCUGACAUGGAAAAACAGAUAUUACAUCUUAUUUUUUUUCUACAUAAUUGUGACCAACAUUUGUAUUUUGUGAUGACUCUACAUUUGUUUUUGUUCAUGUUCAUGUGAUUAACUUUCAGAAGUGUUGUGAAAGAUGCAGAGUAUUAUGCUCCCCAUAGAUUGAUCUUAAACUGGAACGUGCUUUUGUUUAUUAUCCCAAUACUUUAUUAAAAAUUUGUUAAUUAAAAAAAUAAUACGUCACAUGAUGAAAAAUUGUAGUGUUAAGAGGGCAUAUAUAGUGAAAAGUAAGUCUUCCUUUCUUGAUCUUCCAGAAGCUAUACUUCUAACAAAUUCUUUGUCCCACUAACUUUAAAAAAGCAUAAUUACAUUGCUUUUCAAAUGCAUGAGGUAGGGGCUUAAACUGUUAAAAAAUGUUUUUUUUGAAGGAACACUAUGCACUGCUGUAACAAGUAGUGUUCAGUAAAAGCAAAGUGAUAAUUUUCUAGCUGGCAUCAUAAAAUUUACAUUUAAUAUAGCUAAAUGUCUGUCAGUGUAAUGUGAUUUCAUGCUAUAUAUCUUUUGUAAAACAUUUCCUUUUUAAAAAAUUAUACAAGUAAUUGAUCUCUAUUAUGUAUCAUUUACUCAGAAUCUGUCAUAAGUACAGUACUACUUUAUUGCUAGUGACAGUGUAUGCACGGCCUUUUGUUCAGCUCUCUGUUGCUUUUGACCAGUGUUGCAAGAACUCUAAUUUUGACAUGCAUUAACCUUUUAUUUUGCACUUUUAUGGGUGACAGUUUUUAGUAUAAGCAUUGGUAAACACACUCAAGUGACUUGGAUUUAGAUGCUUAUCCUUACUUUUUAUAUCCCUUUUGUAUUAAAAAACACUGCAAUUUAUAGAUUACAGUUAUAGGAAGCUAUGCAUUUUAAAAUUUUGAACCUAGGUUAUAACAGUUAUUCUGUAGUCUAAGGUAUCUUGUAAAUUUCCUACAGUCUUAUGGGUGUUAUUAAUGUUGGCAAAUCAUGUACUUAAUCAUGUUACUCUUACUUGUAUCCGUCUCCCCAUCCAAUGACCUGUUCACUACUUCCACUCGAACUUGGCCAAAAGGCCGAGAAACAGUGUGUGCAGUACUUCCAUAGCCAUAGGAGAUGCCAAGAUGAGGCUGCUGGUCUGAUAUGAAAUGAGUCAGCAGUAGAUGUUGGGAUAGCUGGUUUUAAAACAUUCACAUAUCAAAAAAAAAAUGCAGACUGUUAUUUCACCAUCAGUGCUCUUUUUCAUGUACCCAUGUGGAUGCUAAUCUCACAGAACACAAUCCUCUAAGAGGAAAGACAAAAACUUUAAAUAUCUAUUUAAUCAGCCAUACCUUUGGCACUGAUCAUAGGACUCUUAACCACUUUUUCUAGGGUGCAGUCAGAUGGAUCUUAGUUAUGGAAUGAGAAUGAAGAAAUUAUCUUGAAAAGAUAAUGACCUAAUUUACCUAUCAAAAUGAGCUUUAUUUUCUGGUGCCUUUUAAAAGCAUAUAGAGCCAUGUUAAAAAUACUUUGGUUUGACUUUUGACUUUGCCCUUUCUGCUUUUAUGAGAAAAAGGUGCAUUUGUUAAGGAAAGGAUUUUGUGAUUUCUUUUUUUUUUUCCUGUGUCAUUAUUUAUUGCUUUUUUAAAGUGCAGCCAUUGGAUGGUUUUUUGUUCCUUCAGAUGAAAUGCCGUGUGUGUUUCAGCCCACAGUUGUUUGGUGGGUAAAAUGAAUUCUUUCAGUCACCUAAGCCUCAACAUAUGUGUUACAUAACAAGUAUGUUCACACUUCCAAAGCUGGAUCAGUCACAUGAAAGAGAAUUACUUUCUUAGUGAUAAGACAAGUUUUUUCAUCAUUCUUUUAUUUAGGAAGCUCAUGGCAGUCUUUGGUACAAAUUUAUAAAAAAAGAAACACUCAAGUUGAAUGACAUAUACAUGUAAUCAGCUUUAGUGGACUCUAGUAAACCAGUAAAAACUAUUGUUUAAUUGAUGUUUUCAGCUGUAAGCUAAAACUUGUUAUUUUCAGUCAUCAUGUAACAGCCUUUAGGAUUAGCAGGAUUUUACUUGUCCUUUUUCUGUAUUUUUUCUAAGGAAUUUUUUUUUCUCAUGAAUAAUAGUACUGAAAUUACUAUGAAUUUUCUGAGGACCAGGUAUGGUGAUACAAGCCUGUAAUCCCAGUACUUCUGGAGGCUAAAGCAGGAGAAUCGUAAGUUCUAGCCUAGCCAAGGACACACAUGUAUCUAUGAAUAGGAAAUGAAAAUUUCUAGUAAUAUUAAAAACAAACAGAAAAGCCAUUUCAGAAUAUAUGGUUAAGUUUGUUUGGUUUUUGUUUUCAUUUUUUUUGAGACAGGGUCUCACUGUGUAGUUCAGGUUGGCUUUGAGCUCACUGUGUGACCUAGGGCAGCCUCAAACCAUAGCGAUCCUCCUGCCUCAACCUCCCAAGUGCUGGGAUUACAGGCUUGCAGUAACACAUCCAGCAAGAUUUUCUUUUUUGACCUAAAGAGUAGUUUUUAGUCAAAUUUAUGCAAACAUCAGCACCAUUAGAAUAAUCACAUUUUGUAGCAUUUAAAAUUUCUCGCAUAUGUCAUCUAAAAAGAUACUAAAAUUAUAUCCAGUUUGGUAUAU